UAUCAUUCGGGCUCGAACGGCAAUAAAUAUGCUAUAUCAGCCUGCUGGAUCUAGGACCUGUGAUUCGCGAGGUAGAUCAUCGAUCUCAGUUGUUCAUUCACUUGGAACGGAUUCGGAAGCCUACAAUGGUUAUGUGGCGAUGCAUCAUUUUGGCAUUGAUUUGCUUCACCAAUGGGUUCACACAAGCACUUGAGACAUUACAAUGUGAACAGAAAAGUUCCAAAAAAUGUAUCAUCUCAAUGAUUGCGCAAAGUGACAUGGCAGCAUUCCCCGAUCUGUCCGAGAGAUUUACGCUUCAGAUUAAAGGAGGUGAUUUGACGACAUUCGAUGCGAGUAUGUGCGACCAGUUAAAACAUUUGAGAAAACUGCAACUGGGCUCGCUUGGAUUGAAGGAGCUAUGUUUGUCGUCGGAACAGGUGGAAGUUUCUGCAGCAGGCAAUCGAAUCGAAGAAGUGAACUUCAGUAACUCCGACUCCCCAUUUAAGCUCCAAAUACUAGAUCUUAAGAAUAAUGCUUUGAAAGCGUUAAAUGGAUUCCAUGUUCUGGUGAAUUUGAUUGAAGUUCAUCUUGAAAAUAAUGAACUUGAUUUUUUGGAUUGGGAAGUUUUUAAACCAAUGUCAAAACUGGAAAGGUUAUAUUUGAAUGGAAACAAAAUAGGAGGUGUAACGGCUAACGAACCCAUAACAUUGCCUGUUUUGGAGUACCUAUCACUUGCGAAUAACCAGCUGACAAGUCUUGAUGUGUCACAUUGGCAUUUCGACUCCUUGGUGGAAUAUGAUUUCAGCUCGAACAAUCUGUCACGGGUAGAUAACUUGACUGGCCAGUUUCCAAGCUCCCAAGUGGUGCUUUUGGCCAAUAAUCAAUGGUACUGCAAGUGGCUUCAGGAUACUUUGGAACAUUUUAAUGAAACCUAUGUCACAAUCAGAGGGCAGGACAAGGAUUGCGAAGGCAUUACGUCGGCUAAUAUCUGCUGCACGCCAGAAAGUGAUAUACUUCACGAAGAUACCGAGUGGCUAAAUAAAUUGGAUAUGCUAGAAAAGGAACAUAAAUCUAUGCAAAUGGAUCUGGAGACGAAAUUUUCCAAUCUGAAGAGAAAUAAUGAACUGAUCAAGUUGGAGAAUCAAUUGAUGAUGAUAGUGCCAACGUUGCCGGGAGUUGAAAGCAAUAGCUCGAGGAAGAAUUCGAUGUACGAUCUUUCAGAGCAGAAAUUUCGAGAAAUUAAAUCGAUGGCAGAUCUUGCACUGAAGCAGGUGUCAGUUCAGCAAGAAGAGUGCGAUCGAUCGCAACGACGCCUAGCCUACAUGAUAAUGGAGCUGAAGAAAUCUUUCGAGCGCAGUAAGAAAACUAUUGCCAGGACGCAGACGAUGUUCGACCAUUUGCAAGCUAGCAUCAGCAAUAAAAUGACGAGCAAAUAGUGUAAAUAAUUUGGAAUGUGUGGUUGACAUAAAAUGUGCUUAGAUUUUUUUUUGUCUUUAUUUAAGAGGUUUUCAGCCAUAGGCUGGCUCACCUCUUAGGUGCUUAGAUCAAUAAAUAGGUCUGAGAUAAAAAAAUAAAAGGGUUAAAUAAUUGUGAA